AUGCGUGAGACGGUGAGGGGGGCGGUAGGCGGGGGCGAGUGGAGGGGCGAGGGCGUGGCCCGUGACGUCACCGCUUUCCUGCUUCAGUCGUAUCACUCACCUUCAAAGGUGCUGAAAUUGGAGGACGACCCGUGGGGGUCAUGUGCGAUGUACUCGCCGGAUAAGAUGAAAUCCGGCGGGGGGCUCAUGGCGCCACCAGGGUGCUUCCCGGGCCGGUACAGCCCCACGUACCGGAGUUCCGACCCGCGGCGGUGCGUCCCCAACCCGUCCGUGAGUACUCUACUUUAUACAAUAGCCUUCACUCUGACCUGUCGUGGUCGGCGAGCGUACGUCGCGCUUGUUGACGUCGCGCACUCGGCCGCGUCUCGACGAAAACACCACCGGCCAUUAUAA